CAGAGUGUCUUGAUCAAGUAUUGUUGAUAAGUAUUUUUGCUGUUCUAAAGUACCGUAAUGGCGGCAACGAAAGGAGUACAGCAUUAUGUUGAUGAAUACAACAAUGCAGUGAUUAAAAAGCUGAACAAGUACGAAGCCCUUAAAGAUAUGGACAUAUUUAUUCUGGACAAUUCUAUGCGAGAGAGUACAGUUGGACAACUGAGAGGGCAUUCGAUUGAAAGCAAACGCGCCAUAUUCAAUGAAGUGAAGAAAUGCGGUUUCAAGAAUACCAUCAUAGCCUCGUUUUCGCACAUGACGCGGGUAGAUGAUAAAUGGAUGAAGAUGCUGAUAGAUGAAGGCGAAGACCCCGAAUAUUUAUGGGCUUUUUCAGAGGUUACUGAUGGAGCAAAGAAUGAUCGCACUCCUGAUACCGAAAAUGUUCCAGUUGGACUCCUAAAAAUCAAAGAAGCCGGGGUACGGAAUGUAUUCUUUGAGAUGGAUCUUGGUGACUCUACGUAUGACUUCGACUGUUUUUCUGUGAAGGAAAUGUGUCAACUAACCAAAAAGUGGAUUAACUGGUGUUACGAUAAUCUGCAUCCAAACGCAAAGGUUUUAAUCAACAUUCGGGAUAUAGGAGAAGUGAUGGAUAAGUAUCCUUGGCGAGUGUGUAAGUUUGUUAAAUCCAUUUCAAAGAUGCCCACUCAAAAACGUCCAUUUGGUUUAGCAUUUGAAGAAUCUGGGAAGUCUAUGCCAGAGGAGUGUGGUCAAUGGGCGCGGGCCAUUCGUAACAUUAUGGAUGAUUUCGAUUAUAAGGGACGUCUGCUUGUACAUGUACAUGAGAAGUAUGGCUAUUGUGAUGCCACAGCUCUCGAGUGCCUAAUCGAUGGAUGCGAUGGAGUUUGGGCAAGCGUGUGUGGAGAAGGAGCGUCUAUGGGUCAAGCGUCCUCCUGCGUUACUCUUUUGAAUAUGAUUCGUCUCGGCAACAAAAAGGUGUUAAAGCAAUACAACUGUCAGUAUCUUCGCAAAGCAGCCAUAGAAGUGACGAAGAUCUCCACAGGGAAACACCCUCAUGACAAGCAACCGGUGUUUGGGCGAAGAGCUCUGGAUUAUGUUUUUAAUCUUAACAAAGAUGAAUUGCAUUUGGCUGAUUUCUUUGGUGUGGAGGCUCCUGUUCGAAUAACAACAAUGUCGUCUCCCGAGAUGAUUCGCACCAGAUUAAUCCAGUUGUUUGGUGAUGAUACUCAGUUCAAUUUGGAAAUAGCUGUCCGGAUGAAGGAACUUAUCCUUGAAGAUCUUCGAUCAAACAAGAGAUUAGAGUAUAUGAGCAAGUUUGGAUUGGCCGUGUUGUUUGAUCGAGCGGGCGGGUCUAUGACAGAAGCAAUGCGUGACCAGAUAACGGCUGGUUACAAGACAGGACCACAUGGAAAAUAUCUUAUAGGGGAAAUCCGUAAAAUUUGGGAUGAAUUGGAUAGUCGAGAGGAAGAAGUGGGUGAUGAUAUGCUUCACUUUGAUUCGUUCUACCACGGCUUUAUGGCUCAGUAUUUCUCUUCCUACAGAGCCGAGGAUACUAGAAAAGCUUUGAAGGCCUUGGACAUGGACGAAAACGGGCAGAUAGAUUGGAACGAAUUCCUUGUAUACUUGUUGUGGGCUGUUAAUGAGUACCCUCACGUUGAAACUCCAGAGGAACUCCUGGCAAUAUCUUUCACGGAAGCAAUAAUUCCUGCAAGUUUAGAUGAGACCAUCGACGGUUAGGACUUAUAACCUCGCUGACUAUGGGGUAGAGUAUGUAUUCAUGACGUAAAGGUCAAUCGUCAAAAUGAGCUAUUGAUAUUCACUAUGACUUUUACAUUGGGCAAGGUGAAGGGAUUACCAUUGUUAAUCUUACUAAUUCGGGUAAAUAGUGAGUUCGGCCACAGUCAAAAUAUAUUAUAUUUAAGAGAUCUGACAAAAGGGAUGUAUAAUUUAAGUCUUUGAUAUACAGCUCAGGGUGGGCCGGAUAAAGUAAACCUUAAUGUCAAAGGUGAUACACAUUCCACGAUUUUAGCUAGGAUAACGUAAGAAAAUGAGAACAUGUACCAAAAUCAUCGAAACUACUGUGUUGCAUGUUGUAAUUUAUAUGUUGCAUUGGCACUUCUAUUUAAUUUACAAGUUCAGGGUUAUAUUUUUGACAAAGUUGUUAUUUCCACCCGUGUGUCAUUUCAAAUUCAAGACAAAGUGAAAAUACGUAGGUGUCGGGUUUAAAGGCAGAAUCUGAUCUAUAGGGGGUG